GAAGGCAUGGACCAUUAAUUCUCUCCCUAUCGAUCACUGAUCAUUCACUGCAAUUCUCCAUUCAUCCAUCCACGGCACCACCAUGCUUCUUCUUCUUUACCUCUCCCUUCUGUGUUCCCUUCCCCACAUUGCAUUGUCAUCCCAUUGCACCGUGGAAACCGCCACGAAAACGUUUAAAAAAUGCAUGAACCUCCCAACCCAGCAAGCCUCCAUAGCGUGGACAUUCCACCCUCACAACUCAACCUUAGAACUAGUCUUCUUUGGAAGCUUCAUAUCACCUUCUGGGUGGGUUGGAUGGGGCAUCAAUCCCACAUCACCCGAAAUGACCGGAACACGUGCCUUAAUAGCCUUCCCGGACCCAAACUCAGGCCAAAUAGUGCUUCUACCGUAUAUUCUUGACCCCACAGUGAAGCUUCAAAAAUCUCCACUACUCUCUCGCCCACUCGACAUCCACCUCCUCUCCUCCACCGCCACUAUGUACGGCGGAAAAAUGGCCACCGUGCACAACGGUGCAGCCAUCCAAAUCUUGGGCACGGUGAAGCUGCAAACGAACAAGACCAAGAUUCACCUCGUUUGGAACAGGGGGCUGUACGUUCAGGGCUACUCUCCCACCAUUCAUCCAACUACUUCCACCGAUCUGUCUUCCAUUGUUACCUUUGACGUAUUGUCGGGUUCGUCGGCUCCACAGCACACGGAUCUCACGACGUUGAGAGUGAUCCAUGGCACCGUUAACGCCAUAUCGUGGGGCAUUUUGUUACCAAUGGGAGCCAUCACCGCACGCUACCUUAGGCACAUUCAAGCACUCGGCCCUGCAUGGUUCUAUGCUCAUGCAGGAAUGCAAGUGUUUGGUUUCGUUCUGGGAACAGUGGGGUUUGUGAUCGGAAUCAGGCUGGGGCAACUGUCGCCGGGAGUGGAGUAUAGGCUCCACCGGAAGCUUGGAAUGGCGGUGUUUUGUCUGGGGGGUCUGCAGACUCUGGCCUUGUUAUUUAGGCCAAACACAAGGAACAAGUUCAGAAAAUACUGGAAGUCCUACCAUCACUUUGUAGGGUACUCGUGUGUGGUCCUUGGCUUUGUGAAUGUCUUUCAGGGAUUUGAGGUUAUGGGGGCAAGCAGAUCUUACGCCAAGUUGACUUACUGCUUAGGGCUCUCCACUCUCAUUGGGCUUUGCAUUGCUUUGGAGGUCAACUCUUGGGUUGUCUUCUGUAGGAAAUCCAAGGAAGACAAGAUGAGGAGAGAGGGACUCAUUGGAACUUCCCACAAACCCAUCCACAAUUAACAUUCAUCAUUAUUCUUAUUAUAUAUUAUUACAUUUCAUUCCUCUUUAAUUUCUCUUUUACUAAUACAUUACAUUUUCUCUCCAAUUAAUGCCAAGGUCUGCAAUUAUAUAUAAAGAUUAAUUUUGUCGUUUCGA